CUCGCCUGCAUGUCUGUACGCUUCCGCUCGGCAGAGGGCGCUGGUGAGUCAGGCGGCGCUGCUGCUGCACUGCGACCUGCUUGUAGUCGCUGCCGAAGAAGUGAAAGCAACAAUAUGGCGGGAUGCAUGAAAAUGAAGGAAGAGUUUCAUUUCGCAACCGUUAGAACAACAAGCGUUGCGUUUAUUGUGUUGGUUUUUCUUCAACUUUUUGAGCUCACACUCGCUACACGCAACAUUAUCAGUAUUAAAGAUGGACAAGAGGUGAAAUACUUUCAAGCUGAACACUUCUGCUACGUCAACCCAGUCCCUGUUCCUGGAUGGAGGGAGACCUGGACAAGGAUCCAAGUGAAAGUGUGGAGCUCCAAGGAGCUGAAGGUGACGGUUGUAAAGGAUGAAGAGGAGCUGGAGGAGCUUGAACAUUUUAGUUUCUGGUCCGUGGUGCAGCACUGGAUCCAUGAGCGCACUAACGAGACCAGCGUGAGCAUCAGCCUGUUCAACCAGAAGACCUGUUUCCGUGUGGAUCCUUCAGAUUCCAUAGUGUCCUACACAGUAAAAUCCAGCCGAAAAUUUGACAUCUACCUGUUUCUGGUGUUCCUGGCUGGAGUCCUGCUGUUCUUCUUUGCAGAUAUGCUCAGCAGGAGUCAGGUGUUCUUCUACUCGGCAGGAAUGAGUACAGGCAUGAUAGCCUCCCUCAUCAUCCUCAUCUUCAUCCUGGGACGUUUUCUACCCAAGAAAAGUCCUUUCUAUUUGCUGAUGGUGGGAGGCUGGUCCUUCUCUUUGUACGUGAUCCAGCUCGUAUUUAAGAACCUGCAGCUCAUCCUUAAAGAGCACUGGCAUCUGGCUAUAGGCUACGCCGCAGUCGUGGGGUUCGUCAGCUUCGCAGUGUGUUACCGCCACGGGCCACUGGUGGAGGAGCGCAGUAUUAACAUCCUGUCCUGGACACUGCAGAUAUUCGGCAUGCUGCUGAUAUACGCUGGCAUUCAGGUCCAGCAGGUGGCGCUAGCAAUCAUGGUGGCUGCUUUCUGUGCCAAGAACCUGGAGUACCCAGUGACCAUGGCAUUUAGUCUAUAUGAGAAGCUGAAGCCGAAGCUGCUCUGGAAACCGGCGCCUCGGCGCCUGUUGACGGAGGAGGAGUACCAGAAACAGGCUGAGGUGGAGACUCAGAAAGCUCUGGAAGAGCUGAGGAAGCAGUGCAGCAGUCCUGACUUCAACACCUGGAAAACCGUGUCCAGACUGCAGUCUCCCAAAAGGUUUGCUGACUUCAUUGAGGGCUCUCCACAUCUAAUGCCCAACGAAGUCUCAGUCCAUGCUCAGGAAUACGAUUUGGGCGGAUCGCUGUUCGAGGACGAUCUGUUCUCCACAGAUGAGGAAGAUGAGGGAGAAGCGUGGGAGACCGACGAGGACGAGAAACCUAACAUGUCUUCACCGUGGAGAAACACGGAGAGAGAGAAUUGAGGAGGGGGAAUAAAACUGCUGCAGGUGCUGAAGAGCUCCUGACUCUGUAGCGACGACUCUCAGAACAACCAGGACAUGAAGAAUGUGAAGAAGCAAAGCCAUACAUGAGGUAGGACCCAGGAAUGCAGCGAUGAUUGUACACCAGCUUAGAGACGUUUCAGCACUGAACUUCUUACUAUAAGAGUAUGCUUUUGACAUUAGAAAGGAUGACCAGUGGAUUUUUUUUUUUCUAAAUAAGGGGUUACAGAUAACAUUAACACUUUUUGUGUUGUAAUAACCCUGAGCCAUCAUUAUGGCAGAAGAGGAUCUGAGAGGAUCAUUUUACAGGUUGGUGACGUUGUAGUGUGUGCAUCACACACAUUUCCGGUGUUUUUUUGUUUGUUUUUCUUUCUUUCUCUUUCUUUCUUUCUUUCUGUCUUUCUUUCUUUUUUUUUGUUAUUAAUGAUGUAUUCUUGUGGACUGUUUUAUACCACAAUCCAUAUUUUUGUUGUUUUUCUUUUUUCUGGGGUGGACAAUUUGAAAAUUUUUAAUUUACUGCCUGGAGUGGAACCUUUUUUUUUUAAAGUUAAAAAAAAAAUAAA